AUUCAUCAGCACAUUGCACACGUGAUAUGUGCGCGCUGGUCCUGAUUAGCUGAUAAACAGCUGAUGAACAUGGCAAGGACACCGUUUAAAGGACAGACGAGAGGAAGGAAUACAGAGUAGAAAUAUCACAAUGGAACAUACAAACAAUUUUUAGGGUUCGGCCGAUUGUUUAUUAUCGUCCCGCAGUAGUCUGUGACCUUGGGAUUUUGACAGAUUUUGCCUAGAACCGGCGAUUUGUACUUCUACAUAUCCUUCAUAUACCGAAUUUAAUUUCGCUAAGGUCGAGCCCAUUUAGCAAUGGAUUUUAUAUUGAGCGGGGCAGCUGCCUGCGGAGCUUGCCUGUUCACUAACCCACUGGAGGUUGUCAAAACUCGGAUGCAAUUACAAGGAGAGCUCAAAAGCCGGGGGACCUACCAGGUUUACUACCGCAACGUUUUCCACGCCUUUUACACUAUCGGCAAAGUAGAUGGACUCGCUGGUUUACAGAAAGGGUUGGUACCGGGACUUGUCUAUCAGUUUUUCAUGAAUGGAGUGAGGCUUGGGUCGUAUUCAAUCAUUGAGUCAUCUGGAUACAUCCACACGGACGGGAGGGUUAGUGCUGCUAAAACCACAAUAGCAGGGGCUGCCGCUGGAGUCGUGGGGGCAGUGAUGGGAAGUCCCAUCUACUUGGUGAAGACUCACAUUCAGAGUCAGGCCACUUCCUCUAUAGCUGUUGGACAUCAGUAUCAACAUCAGGGCAUGAUCCAUGCUCUGGCAGCGAUCCACAAGCAGCAUGGUAUCCUAGGCCUGUGGAGGGGCUCCAGUGCAGCUGUACCCAGGGUCAGCGUGGGGUCAGCCGCUCAACUCUACUCCUUCGCUGCCUCCAAGGAGCUUGUCGUCGACCUACAGGUGUUCCCAGAGGGCAGCUGGCUGGUGGCUCUGUGUGCAGGGAUGAUCAGCAGUGUGGUGGUGGUGGCAGCCAUGACACCCUUUGACGUGGUCAGCACACGGCUCUACAACCAACCAGUAGAUCAUACAGGCAAGGGAGAGCUCUAUAAAGGUUUUGGGGACUGCUUCUCGAAGACACUGAAGGUGGAGGGUGUGACAGGGCUCUACAAAGGCCUGGGUGCAUCCUACUUCCGUCUGGGGCCACACACCAUCCUGUCUCUACUGUUCUGGGACGAACUGAGGAAGCUCUGGCAGCAGCACAGAUAGUAGCCGGCAGGCAGGGCAAGCUCUACUCUGCCAGCAACACAGAUAGUAUCAGGAAAGGGAGACCCAGGCCGUAUUCCAGGCCAUCUGCAAAGCAGUUGCGCUGCAUAAAUUAACCAAUGAUUGCCACGUCAUCUACAUUGCAGUCGGGCAUCAUACAUAAACAAAAGACAAACAGACACACAAAUUUCAUCAAACAUAAAUGGCAUCACAUCUGCUCAGGCCCACGUGUUCCCGCUGCAACCAUACGCAUCACGUAUGUCUCUACCACACUCCCCCUCAUCCUCCAUCCCCUGGAACAUUCCAGUGCUUGUAGCACUCUGCCAUAUGGCCUCAAAUUGCACUGUUCUAUUUUUAUCCGUAGCCCACACCUUUUCAAUAUUUACAUGAUACAUUUGAUUCAUACCACUGUCAUAUUGAUGGAGGAUAAUUUGAUUUCCAGUUUUUGAGAAGUAAAACAAAUUGACGAGAAAAGUAUGGUCCACUUGAUUUGAGUAUCUCACCGCACCCUAAUAUGCCACAUCUUGAAAUAUGCAGAUAGACAGAUUAAAAGUAAACUUACAUUGUGAAACUUCUGACAGCCAACUGUCUAACUCCGCCCAUAACUUUUGGAUGUAGCACUCCCAGAAGGCAUGGAUGAUUAAAUCCAUGUUAGUUUUACACUUGAGACAUGACUGCUGUUGUGUUGUAGAAUUUGUGAAUUUUGUCUCUUGUAUAAUAAAUUCUAUAAAUUAGUUUAUACUGGAUUAAGCGUACAUUUUCGUUAACUGUAAUUUCGUUAGUUAUGUUCCAACACUCCAUCUUGUGCCAGGCAUCAGAAUUCAAUGCGGUUACUGACAUCCAGGAGUUGGGAUGUGGUGCGUGACUGCAAUGUAGGUGGCCCUGAACAUGGACGCAGUCAGGUAUAAAGAUAAAGACCCAUUUAAGCCACAGAUUCACAGGUUAAAUGAUCCCUCAUUUUAAUGAGUUUGUAGCCUGAUCCCAGAUCUGUUUGUUCAGUCUUGCCAACUCCUAUGUUCAUUGACUAUCCAGCGUAAACAGAUCUGGGACCAGGCUUAUGCAUUUGGUCUUGAGAUAUAUGUAAAUAGCGGAGGAGUUUACUUCUGUGUGUCAACUUUUUUUUAAAAAGUUGAGCAAAGGUCUUUGUUCGACACUCCAAAUAAGAAUCUAAUUCAAACUGGUUUCUGAUCUAUGAAGCACAAUGAGGUAACAAUAGGCUGCUGUGGUUGCUGACACGUUGUGGUAUGCAGCAGAAUAGUUUAUCCAUCCAAUAAGAAUAGGAAGAUGUUUCUGAGUCAGAAUAGUUCCUUAUUCUUCUGCAGAAUGUUCGUCACAAGCUUCCUCCACUUGUACUAAUGACAACGUCCUUACCUCAUCAAGUUACUGACUGGUGUGAAUUGAUGUAGCUUGAGUACUAGGAAACAAUUUAAACAAUUUAACAAACAAUUUAGUCUACAGAGAAUUAGAACAUCUACAGAUUAGGCAAGACUUCUUCAAACGUACAUGAACAAUCUCAGCACAGUAUUAAUAUAGAAAGCAUCGACCUUCAGAGUAGAUUUAAUGAUUUACAAACCCAUCGCAACAAUUGUUUUCACACAUUUAAUAUAAAUUUACGGCAGAAAUUAGACAUGAGUUUAUUUUUAUAAAGUAUAGUGGGAUUUGUUCAUACCGCUUGCCUUACUGUAAAAUUGCUCCCUGGAUGUAUAGCUUACUGCUUCUAUUGAUUCUAAGGUUGACUGAUAUUGUACAUUGGGUCUGCUUACUUGACACAGCUGGGUUAUUUAAUUGCUGUACAUCCAUUACAGGCAUUUUGAUAUCUCUA